GAUGCUGCUGCUGUAGUAGAAGCCCCAGAAACAAGCAGUCCUGCUCCGACCCUCGUGGAUGAUUACAGCUGCUUAACUAGGCGGUGUUAGGAUGGACACAGAGAGAUAAUUACCUUUAACAGGAACUAAAUCAGGAGGAAGAUGGAUGCUGACUCAAUAAUUGGAGAAAGUACAGAUGCGAUAGUGGUGGACGAUUCUCCCAUUGAAGAGAAGGAAAUUCAGCAGGCUGGCCAGAGUUGCAUCCCGGUGGUUUCUCUGUGCCCCCCUGAUGGCUCCGUUGAGGCCCAGCUGACAGUCAUCCCCUCUACAGAGGAGCUCUGUGACAGCUGCAGCAGCCUUGGCAGACCCUCCUCCUCCUUCCAGCUUUACCAUCAAGUCCCCCAGCGUCUCCACACUGGAUCCUUUCACUCGCAGCAGAACCCUAAAUGCCCCCACUGCAGCCGUCACAGUUCAUCCCAACCCCACUGCUGCCACAGCUGUCAUUCGAACACGGCUUGUCCUCAUGGUGAUGGAGGAGUGGCGGGGAAAUCAGAGCACAGCUGUGGUUCUGCCCAUCAGGCGUCCUGUCAUGGGUCAGCAAGGUGUCACUGGCUGCACGGGUCAAACGAGAGCAGGGCCCAGACCAAACCCAAGCAGCGUCAUGUUGUGUCAGUAAGGACUGGUGGUCUUUACUUCAUCGUUAAAAAGUAUUCCCGGCUGUUAGUGGACCACCCGUUGGUGGUGCUGCUGGGUUGUGCUGCACUGCUGCUGGGAUGCUCCUUGGCUGGACUGUUUUUUGGCUCUCUGCCAGACUUCUCUGAUCCACUUUUAGGUUUCCAGCCACGGGGAACGUAUCUUGGAGUUCGGCUGUCCAGCUUGUCCAAACUUCAGCAGGAAACAGGCCUGGGGAAAAGUCUGUCUGCUGUACCACAGUCACUCAGCAAAAGGUCGGGCUUUGUCAGCAGAGAGAACAAUGACAGUCAGCUCGCUUCCAGAGGUCGUCUUAAAAGGAUGCUGGCUGCAGACUUUUCUCUGGACACCUUCCUCUGUGACUCUCCAAGCGAACGCUUCGCCCAGCUGGUGUUUCGAUCCGAAAACUCAGCCAGUCUCUGGAGCCUGAAGGCCAUCCACGCCAUGUGUGAGAUGGAACAAUCCAGGAUUCGCUCCCAGGCUCAGUUCCAGGACCUCUGCCAGCAGCCUGAGGGAGUGGAGGCAGAGGGAACACCGAGACGCGGCUGCUGUCCAAGCUGGUCUUUGGGGAAUUACUUGGCGGUCCUCACCAAUGCCUCCAGCUGCCUCAGCCUUACCUCACUACAGGUUUCAGAUUCUUUGAACCUUCUCCGCAAAUGUGCUCCGUCCUACCACAGAGGAGUUCUGACCGAGGCCUGUUCAGAGAGACCCAAGCAAGGCGGCUGCUCCUCGGUUCCCUCCCGCUGUAAACAAUCCCGUGUGGUGUUCCAAAUCCUGCACUUCCUCGUUGACAAAGAUUUCCUCGGCCCUCAGACUGUUGAAUACCAAAUACCGACGCUGAAAUACAGCCUUCUGUUCUUACCUGUGCUGAAAGGAGAACACAUGAUGGAGAUCUAUAUGAAUAGUCUUGAAGGAAGGGAUCUGACGUACAAAAACACAACCAUCACUGGGAUAGACUUUGGUAUCAAGAAGACACUGUUCAGAUAUUACUUAGUGAAAGAUUCUGUGUUCCCAGUGCUUGCUAUCAUAUCCUUCUUGUUCACAAUGGUUUUAUAUCUCCAGUCCUUUUUCAUAGUAGCAUUAUCUGUUCUGGCAAUCACAGGCUCUCUCCUUACCUCGUAUUUCUUCUAUAAAGUAGUUUUUCGUCUGACUUUCUUCCCAGUUGUCAACCUGGCGGCAGCUCUGAUCCUCUUAGGAAGUUGCUCCAAUCAAGUUUUUAUCUUUACAGACUUUUGGAAUCUGCAACAAACGCAAAACCCUUCAGCCUCUCUGGAGAAGAGAGUAAACAGAGCCUUACAGGAAAUAGGCUAUUUGAUCCUAGCUUCAGGCCUGACCUCCAGUUCAGCAUUUUUUUCCGGUUAUCUAAGCAGCAUCACAGCUAUUAGAUGUUUCUCUGUUUAUCUUGGGACUGCUUCUUUCAUCAGCUCUCUGCUGGCGUUAGUAUGGCUGCCCUGUUCUUUCAUCCUCCUUGAGCGCUCCAGGAAGGCCCCGGCUAUGCCUGCGGCGGUGCAAACAUGGAAGCCCUGCUGCUCCAACAAUCCAGGCGGCUUCUGGGAAACAAGUUCCCGUAAGAAAUGUAUCUUCAGCAUCGUGCAGAGGCUGAAGGAACUAAAACGAGGCAUUGCAGACACAUCAAACCUGCUGUUUCUGAAGAUCUUGCCCUGCGGAGUUGUAAAGUUUCGCUACAUCUGGGUGUGCUGGUUCGCAGUGCUUGCCACUGGCGGCACGUAUAUGUCCUGCGUUGACCCUGGCAUGAGGUUACCCACACUCGACAGCUGGGUCACCCAGCUUUUCCGCUCCAGCCACCCUUUUGAGAGAUACGAUGCAGAAUACCGUCACAUGUUUAUGUUUGAGAGGCAUCAGAAUGGAGAAGACAAACCUGUUACUGUCCUGCUGGUUUGGGGCAUCAAACCGACAGAUAAUGGGGAUCACUUUAACCCACAGAGCAAUGGCUCCCUGGUUUUUGACCCUGACUUUAACAUGAGCAGGCCUGAAGCUCAGAUCUGGCUUAGAGAUCUGUGUGUUAGAGUCCAGAAUCAAAGCUUUUACUCUGCUCAUUCACUAGAAAGCAAAGAUGUCACGACAGAUAAUAUCUGCCUGGUAGAGCAGCUGGUGCGCUGGGUAUCUCUCAGACGAUGCUCAGGAAGCAGCGAUGCCCUUCAUCUUUGCUGUAACAUCCCCUUUCCAUACCCUCCAAGCAUUUUUGAAAGCUGUCUGAAUAUCAUGCUGGCGGAGAAACAUGCAGAGGGCCACCAUCCAAGUGGUGGAGGACUGUACUUUCAGCCGGGCGGGCGGGUCGCUGCCCUUGUUUUGACUUUCCAGACCACCCACCUCUAUAGCUUUAACUUUAGCAGAACCAGUGGUUUUUACAGGGAAAUAUUAAUGUGGUUCAACAGAGAAAUAGCAGGAACACCAAGAGGGCUGGAGAACGGCUGGUUCAUCAGCCAGCUGUCUCUAUUUGAUCUACAACAGUCUCUAAGUUCAGAGACUCUGCUGGUUGCUGGCUUCUCAGUAGCUCUCACCUUUAUUCUGCUGCUCCUAACCACCUGGAAUAUUCCACUGAGUUUAUAUGCAACUGUUGCUGUUGGAGGGAGUGUGUUCGUCACCGUUGGCCUCCUCGUCCUUCUGGAGUGGCAGCUUAGUGGCGUCGAGGCUCUACUCAUAUCCUCGGCUGCAGGGUUGUCUGUUGACUUUGUUGUUAACUUUUCUGUGUCCUACAGCUUAGCUCCUCAUUCGGAUAAGAUAGGAAAAGUGGCACACUCCACUAAAAGGAUGGGAUGCCCUGUAGCAAUAGUUUCCGGAGCGUUUUUCUCCAUGGGUAUUGUCAUGUUACCUGCCACUGCCUUACAUUUAAGAAAAAUUGGGAUUUUCUUGUUCCUGGUGAAAUGUGUGGCAUGUGGAUUCGCAACCUUCUUUUUUCAGUCGCUGUGCUGCUUCUGUGGGCCACGGAGGAACUGUGGAAGGAUCACCCUGCCAUGCUUUUCAGAGGACACAGACGGCGUGCUGACCUCCUGCUCCGAGCCCGGUCCCUCGCCGGCCUCGGCUGCCAACGGUGCCUUUGCCAGAUCUAGAGAGAGGAGGAGUUAUGACAAAGAGGCAGGUGGUUACCUCUACCCUGACCACCAGCGUCAGCACAGACACAAACAGAGCGGAGGAGGAGCCGAUUUGCACAAGGGCGCAGAGCAGUACGAGCUGCAGCCUCUGGCUUACCGCCUCAGUGACAGCUUUGAGAACAGCACCUGCACCAGUAAGCUGUCCAACCGGCCCUCUGUGCUCUCAGAUGAAAUUGAGUUUUGUGGCAUAGAGGCGAGCAAGAAGGAUAUGGAAAAGGGCAGUGAGGAAAUGCGCAGUCAUCAGAUCUACCAAUCAGCUAUCCAAACAUCAUCUCCUUACAGAGAAAACACUCUUCGCCAAGCAGGCCUGGUGCAGGAUGAUGCGGCUACUGGAAAUCUACUGUGCAAAACCUGCAGGGGUCAAUCAGUUGGGGGGAAGCAGUGGAGCAAUACAUCUUACUCUUCCUCGUCAAGCAUUGAGGAAACCAUCAUUAGCCACACAAUGGAGACCACUGACCAGCAGUCUUUGUGCAAAUAUGAAAAUCCCACAAAGGAGGUUCGCUAUCAGCACCUACAGUCUCAGAGCACUUAUGAAGGACUGGACGACUCCUGCGAAACACAUCUGAGUGACAUUGAAGUGGGGUCUUCAACCCCCCAGCAGCCCGAUGGAGAGGAGGAGGUUCAGCUGCAGCCGGGACACCUCAACGGCAAGAGAGACACACUGAGGCUUUCACUGAAGGAAACGGUUUAUGAGACUAAAGACCGCAGCAGUCGGAGUGAAGAAGUGGUCAUCCUGCCCAACAGCAGACCGGACCUACCAGAUGUCUGGAUAAAGCGAGACGGACAGCGGGAUGAUGCAUGCUGAAAAAGUCGCUACCGUAGCUCCUUAAGCUACAUCUCAGUCCAAGGUGCUUAAUUUGAAGACAUCUGGUCUUUUUCUCGUUUCCUAAAGGCAUUUCAUCUCCCAUUUCCUGUUCUGAUCAUGUGGUAGAAAUGUCCAACUUAUAAGACGCUGUUGGCACCACUCAUCCAAGGUUAGGAUUCAAUACUUCAUCUAUGUUUUAAGGACUAUUUUAAAGAAGCAAUUUGCUCCUUGCUAAUUUUGGAGAGAAAAGCUGGUUGCUUUGAGACAGGAGAGGAUGGAGAGGAGAGGGUGGCCUCAAAUUCUCACAAAUCUAUUAACAAUUACGUGUUUAGUGUCACUGACUUUAACUUUAUAAACAGGAGCUCCUGGCUCAUGAUUCAAACUAAUCACCUUCAGGAAACAGGAGAAAAAAAUCUAUCUAUUAAUACAGUUUAAAUCUGUCGAGAAACUUUUUGCAAACACUGUGCAUUUGUUGCUCUUAAUUUGUAAAACUUAUAACUGUUUUUAUAAAACAAAUAGAAAAAAACGUAAGCUGUUGGAUUUAUAUUACAUGAAUAAGGAAAUGGGCCAACUGUAAACAUGAAGAAAGACAUCAUGUUUUAUCUAAUGUAGGUUUAAGGUCGUCUCUGAGCACUGGACCUCGUAGAAAAUGCUCCAAUCAAAGCCUGACUUUAAACCCAGCAGAGUUGAAUAAAAAGGUACCAGUUUGCAUCGGUGGAAAUCAAUGCUGUUGCAUGUCAUUAUCACAAAAAUCUCCAAAUAACUGCAGCGGUUGCCUGCAGACUGUGUGCCUAAGGCUUUUGAACCUCAAAAUCUAAAAAAGAAAUGGAUUUACAGACAUUAUGAGGAAACACCCACAGCCUAUUUUAUUGGUUUUCUUAGCGACAUUGUUUGUUUCUCAUUAUGUUCAUAAAAAACCAUGAAGGUAUUAAACAAAAUUAAAUUUAAAACCGAAAAGAUCUUAA